GGCUUCUGAUUCUGGAUUUUAGUUUUAAAAUCAGCUCAGGAUUGAAUUCCUCAAAAGGGGCAGCCUUCUCUCACUUUCUCCGCCCCUCUUUUCGAACCGUAACGGAGCAGGAUUCUUGCGAAAUCAUCAUCAUCAUCAUCUGAAAAAAAGAAAAGAAAAAGAAUUAAGGACAUCCCUUCCCCCAAGCUUCCCGGUAUUUGGAAGCAAGACCACCCACGGCUUCUUCCGGGGGGGCGUUUUUUGGGGGAGGGGGAUUGAUUUGAUUUCCAAGCGCUUUUGGAGGCGUGUGACCCCUGGUUGAGACAGGAACCCCCCCCACUCCUUUGGUAUUUCUGAGUGGGCAACGGUGGAAGAGCUCAUCGGAGGACUGAUCCAGAUGGCCAGACUCAAGGUGGAUGUGUGUCUCUGCCACUGAGCACCACUUCUUCUUUUCUUGGCCACUGACCACAAGGCAACCUUGCCUUUGCCUGGCACCAUAUUGAUUGAAGGGGAAGCGUCAAAAUUCCUGGCCAAUUUUGCCCCACCCCUCACCACCCGCUUGGUCCACGGGUGAUGUGAAUGAGUGCCCGGGAUUCUUUCCUUCUGGGACAGAAGGAUUUCUCUUCCUUUUUCCUCCUGCUUCCCUCUCAGGGUGUGUUAUGAACCUCCACCUGCUUCUAGGUGUUCACUGAAGGACACUCAGUGCCCUGCGAACGCUGCCCAGGAGCUGGGCUCAUCUUGGCAUCGGGUCCAAGGGCUUUGCCUCUGAAGUGAAGAUGCCCAUGGUGUUCCUGUGAAGCGAAAGGGUGAUGGCUGCGGGAAGGUUAUUGCUCUACGCUGGUCUCUCUUUAGCGUUGUGCGCUCUGGGCAUGCUGGCCGUGGCGAUCUGCUCGGACCACUGGUAUGAAACAGACGCCCGGAAGCACAGGGAGAGGUGCAAAAGCUUCACCACCCGGAGGAAUGACCCAGGCUUCAUUUACAAUUCCAACAACAACCUGCCCCUCCGGGCCAGCAGGUCUAGGCUGGACCGCUGGGAAGGGAGACUCCUCUUGGCGAGAAAUCGAAGGCACCUCUUUGCCCUGAGUCCCAUCGAUGAGUGCAACAGACAGUACAACUCCACCAACAUGGGGCUGUGGAGGAAAUGCCAUCGGCUGGGAUUCGACCAAGACCUGGAGGAGCUAAUUGCGAAAGGAGCCAUCGACCAGUGUUCAUACAUCAAGUACCACUACUCCUCAGCAACAAUUCCCAAGAAUCUCACCUACAAUAUUACUAAGACCAUCCGCCAGGAUGAGUGGCAUGCCUUGCACUUGCGCAGAAUGACAGCUGGUUUCAUGGGCAUGGCUGUGGCCAUCAUCCUGUUUGGAUGGAUUAUCGGGGUCCUGGGCUGCUGCUGGGACCGAGGCCUUAUGCAGUACGUGGCAGGACUUCUCUUCCUCAUGGGAGGAACCUUCUGCAUCAUUUCACUGUGCACAUGCGUAGCUGGAAUCAACUUCGAGCUCUCCCGAUACCCCCGGUACCUGUAUGGACUUCCUGACGACAUCAGCCACGGCUAUGGCUGGUCAAUGUUUUGUGCAUGGGGAGGCCUGGGUCUUACUUUGAUCUCCGGCUUCUUCUGCACACUGGCCCCCUCUGUUCAACCUGUCCCCAGGACCAACUGCCCUAAAUCGAGACCUGAGAAUGGGACAGUGUGCUAAAACAAACACAAACAAACCUAUAAAUAUACAUAUUAUAAAUAUAAAUAUAUAUAUAUUAUACAUAAACAUAUAUAUAGAUCUCAAAUGGAUGCCAGUGCCAAGAUAGAGUGAAGUCCAAUAUGGCGCCUACAUCUUCUCUUCAGACUUUGUAUUGCUCUCGUUCUUUCUCCUGGAGGUGGGAAUAGCUUUUCUGCAACGUUGCUCUUCCAUCUCAUUGUUAAAAAUCUUCAGCAUCCCAAUUCAAAAGUCAAGUGAACAUAUUGUUGCAUCUGUCUACUGCCAGUUGGGUGGGAUGUGGUUGGGAGGGGGAAAGGGUUGUCUUGAUGUACGUAUGUGAUACCAGGUCUGUACAGGAAGCGAACGCAAAAACGAAAACACAGUCUUGUCUGUUGCAAAUUGGGGAAAUACAAACAGGAAAUAAAUCAAACAUUUGAGUUACCUCUCUAAAAUGUAACCUCCUCAAGGCCAUCUUCAGAAUCUCCCUUCCUGCACACUCUCCUCUUUCAAAACAAAACAAAACACAAAUCUUGCCUAUUAUUAUCUCUGACUUACAACAAAAGGGAAUGAAAUAGAACAUUAAGAAAGGGUUUCCUUUCUUUGCUAAACUUUUGGGGGGCGGGGGAUCAAGAAUCUUACAGAACAAAGCAGCAAAUGAGGACGAUUCAAUGGAUGCUCCAGUGAUGCUGUUUUCAACUCCCAGCUGCCUUAUAUCCAGGCUUACUGAUGAGGCUGAAC